CUUGCUUCCUGUAUGAUUUCUUGUGUGUAAGGGUGGUCUCGCUGUAUUACUAUAUGAUGGAUUUGGCUUUUUUUUUUCACUUUGCCCUUCUCCCUUUUUCUUUUCAAAGGGCAUUUGUACUAUGUACAGGUCAAGCUUGUAGAAAAUGAUUUUAUAUUUUCUCCUCCUGCUCUGCUCCUCUAUCGGGGAUUUUACCCCAGAUCUUUCUUACAAUGAAGAUGAUGCAUGGCAGGAGCCAUUAAGAACUGCUGAAGUUGGAGGCAGCAUUAAGCUAGAGUGUCUAUGUACAAAACAGAGAAUAACCACUAUAAUAUGGCUCAGACAGAAGCUUGGAGAGAAGCCCCGUGUAAUUGCUACAUCAUAUCAGCUUCAACCUGCAAAGUUUUAUAGUGAAUUUGAAAAGAGCUUCCGAUUUGGUGCAGAAAUCGGACCUUUGGGUUUUAAUCUGAGCAUCUCAAACAUAAAACUGUCAGACUCAGCCACUUACUACUGCGCUGUCACAUUUCUUUAUGAUAUUACAUUUGGACAAGGCACUGUUCUAAUCGUGAAAGAUCAGCCAUUAAAAAGCAGCAUACUUAUCCAGCAAGAAAAGGUUCAGACGGUUGAGUCAGGAGACUCCAUGACUCGGUGUACAGUCGUCACUGAUCACUGUGCAGGAGAACACAGUGUGUACUGGUUCAGAGAUGGCUCAGGAGAAUCUCAAUCAGGAAUCAUUUACACUCAAGGACAAAGCAGUGGUCAGUGUAAGAAGAGCGUCAUUGCUGGCUCACCUACCCAGACACAGACGUGUGUUUACAGUCUCCCCAAGAACCUCAGCCUCUCUGAUGCUGGAAGGUACUACUGUGCUGUGGCUGCAUGUGGAGAGAUCCUGUUUGGGAAUGGAACUGAGCUGAAUAGCAAAGAUACUCAAUCUCAGAUUCAUGUUUUAGUCCUUCUCUCCAUCAUAAGAUCAGCUGUGCUUCUCGUCAUUUUUAUUAUUUGUCUGCUCUAUAACUGUACGCGUCCUUAACCAAAGUUGUGAAUAUUUUUCUUUGUAAAGGACUUUUGCUAACAGACUGCAUUUGUAAAGCUUCAUGACUAUGCUUAUGAUUAUUUACAAUUAAUUGUAAGAUUACGUUGUCUUCUAAGUUUUUUUUUUUUCCUUUUCUUUAAAAAAAACUCAUAAAGUUCAAAAAGUACUAACAUUAUUUCCAUGAUAUACAACAGUUAGUUUUGGUCCACUAAUUUGAUGGGACAAGUGACUUUCCAAGAGUGCUGAUAUUUGUUAUAGCCGCACUGGUACAUUUCAGUGUUUGUAUCUCCCUGCUCGUGUGUGUUGCCACAUAAAAUUCCAGUUGUAGUGAUAGUUUAUUACACUGAAACCGUUACUACACUUACUAUGAGCCGUCAGUCAGUCUGUCUCUCUCCAUCUGAGGAUUAAUUGGGAACUAGUUUUGUUGACGGAGCAAAAAUGAAUAAAAUAUUUGGCCUAAUAGUAUCUGAAAUGUCAGUUCCUGGUUAUUAAUUUUUUGUUGUUUAUAGAACUGUUGUAUAAAAUCAAUAUCGCAUUCACAAUCAUGCUUCUGUACUGAAGAUCAGCACGGCCAUGAUCACCUACGGCCGAAUCACUGCGGCUCUGAUAUUCAGUACAAGAGCACACUUGCUCCUACGAUAUUGCUUGUUACAUAAUUUCUCAUAAUGAUCUUGUUACAUAAUUUCCUCUAUUUUUUAUUGCACUGUAUAUUACUGCACACUCUUAAUGACCUGUGUAUAAUUAUAAAAUGUGUUUAAUAUUUCGUAAGGAAAAAAUAAAAACAUGCUGUAAGUAAAA